AAGAUGUGAAGGAGGGAGGACGCGUCCGAGCGACUCUCCGUGAAUUUGACACUCAAAUUGUAUAAAAACCACAUAUUGUGAGGAAAUUCGAGUUGAAAGGAGAACAUAAGUGAUUAUAGGCACACUAUGGCUUCGCGGGGCGGCAAAACUCCACAGCAGGGGAUAAAGGCGCACUUUACUCGGCAUAGUAAAACUACCACUACAAACAGUGGGACUAGCUUAGCCUCUCCAGCUAGUAGCUCUGUAGCUGCUAAAGAGGCUAAUGCUGGUAGCAUGACCGCAGCCAGCCUACCCCCAGAAAUGGAGAGCCUACACCGACUCAUGACCGCAUCAAUGGAGAAUAUAAUAGCUCCGCUGAAGAGGACCAUGGAUGAAGUGAAGAUAAUUGUGGAGGAUCAAGGCAAAAGGAUCGUCGACUUGGAAGAAAACGCAACGCAGCUAACUGAACGAGUCACCGCUCUUGAGGCUAUAUGUGAGCAGCUCUUGACCCAGAACGAGUCACUGAACGAACGCAUGGAAGACGCCUCUAACAGGUCUAGACGCUGCAACCUGCGCGUCACGAACGUACUACCGAGUCCUGGGGAAAGGAACGACUGUGUUCAAUUCAUGCAAAACUUUUUUGCCACAGUACUUGGGGACGUGUUCACCGAGCCACCCAUACUAGACAGAGCGCACAGGAUCGGUAAGGAAAAUCCGGGGCCCAACCCGAGGCCUAGAGUGAUGAUUGUCCGCUUCCAUUACUUUCAGGACAAGAUGCGUGCACUACGGGCAGACAGGAGCCUGCUACAAUGGAAGGGACAGAAAAUUAUGCUCUAUCCAGAUUAUGCGCCAGCUACUGUGAAACUUCGUGCCACAUUCACCAAGACCGCUGAUGAAGCACAACGAUUCUAUGACCGGCGUAUAGCCAGACUCCCGGACAUGGAGAGAAACACAACUACCAAACCAGCGAGAAGAGGGCGCGCCACCACCCAGGAGAGAGGCGACACCGGCCGGGAGAGAGAGGAGGAGAACGGCGCUGGACUAGGCAACGAAGAGGAUGGAACGCACGGGAAGAACGGUCCGGGAGGAGAGGACGAGGCGAUGGGAGGCAUCAGCGUGGAAGGAGAAUAUAACGACGAGGUGAACGACGGCGAAGAAGAAGACGGCGGCAGCGGCAGCGAGUCCGGAGACAACAUGGGGGCUCUGGACGAGAAUGACGGUACUGAGUAGCAUUGAUCCGAGAAAUGGGGUAAGAACACCACUACAACUGACACUUAUGUAAAUAGACACAUCCACGGUUGCCUGCCAAGGAAAUGGACACAUUGAAGGGAAUAGACUGAUGGGAAACGGACAGAGAUUUACUUUCUUUUGGACUUUUGCAAGAACUUGGGACUCACGGGGGGGAGGGGGAUGGUCAGGGGAAAUAAGGGAAACGCUGGUAUGGUUUAUUGGUUUAGUCUAUGUUUGAACUCUCAUUCUAUAAGAUAUUAGAUCUGGAAUCAGAUAGAAUACAAACCUUUUUUUUUGUUUUGUUCUGUUUGUGUGUGUGUGUGUGUAUGUGGGUGUGUGUGUGUGUGGGUGUGUGCGUGUGUGUGUAUCCAUUCAUACAUAUGUGUGUGGGUGCGUGCGUGAGUAUCCACAUCAGGACAUGGAUCGUGUGGGGGUGCUUUUG